AUGAGGGGGCCAGGGACGGUUAGGGGAUCCCAGGGAUCCAAAGGGAUGAGGGGAAUCCAGGGGGAUCCAGGGAGGGCUGUGGGGAUCCCGGGGACCCAGGGGAGAGGGCCAGGAGGGUCUGGGGGUGUCCCAGGGGGUCCCAGGGGUAUCCCAGGAGGAUGGCGAUGA